GUUUACUUUUUGCUCGACCUUCUACCUGCGACUGCUUCAGAACCGCAACCAGCGAUACCUCAAUCUUGACCGUAUCGCGCUAUUCUUCUACAUUCAAGUCCUUUUUCAAUCUGUUGUUGCCAUUCUGUGUUGAGUCAUUCACUUGUCGCAUAAUGAGCGGCCUCUGAAUGGCUCCAUCUCGCACACUUUGCUAAUCCAACCCUUUGCUCUCUUUUCUGUUUUCUUUUUAUUUCAUCUUCUCGUCCUUUCCACAAUGACGAGUCAUAGCGAACCGCUAUACUCUGAUGGGGAUAUUGAGAUGAAAGAUCUCAACGAUGAUGAGAUCGAGGACAUCCGAGAGGCUGUCGAGCACACUCGUGCCGAAGCUGUCCACUCUGGGCGGAAAACUCUGCCUGAAUUCCAACCGCCGCAUUCCUUUGAGGCUGCUGACCGCAAUUUUGAGGCGGCUCCUAUUCUCUUGGUGGUUGACACAAACUUUGCGAUCUCUCAUCUGAAGAUCAUCGAUGAGCUCGUGGCUCUGCAGGGAGACUUUGGGUACUUGAUUGUGGUACCCACCACCGUCGUUCGCGAGCUCGACGGACUAAAGAAAGACAACGGGCCCUGGUCUCGUACCCAAAGCAACAAAAACUCUGAUGUGGCUGUCUAUGCGCGACAAGCCAUCCGCUGGCUUUUCCGUGCUCUGGCUGUUUCUCAUCCUGCUGUCAGACCGCAGAGACUAGAUGAGCGGCACUCUGAUAAGGAUAUGGCUGCAGAUGACUCGAUUCUUGACUGCUGCUGGUACUUCCAAAAGAAUCGAGACAAGCCAGUGUGUUUAUUAUCCGGCGACUACAAUCUUUGUAUCAAAGCACUCGCAAAUGGUUAGUAUCAAUCAAGGGAAGUAGCUGAAGUUUAACUGUCCAACUGAAGCAACUGAAGCAACGGUCGAAAACUGAUUUCUGUUUUUUUAAUUGUUAGGAAUCGCCACUAUAAGCUACCAGCCGGGAUUA